AUGGCAACUAGAAGAGCAUCUUGUGAGAAAUGGAAACAUGCUAUUGGUCCAAGGAUUUUUGGGAUUUUGGAGAAAACAAAGAAAGAAUCGGCUUGGUGCAUACCAAAGCUUGUUGGGGAGAGUUUAUAUGAGGAGAUGAGAUAUUACUGGGAUCCCAUGCAAGCAUGCUUGUGCUGCAAAGGCCAAUUGAAUGGGGAUCAUAUUGCUUAUGUUGAUGCUUGUUGCAAGAAUGAGGCCUUUAUGAGAGCUUAUAGUCCAAUGGUUCAUCCAAUGACAAGUGAAGACUUGUGGCCUAAGUGUCAUAAGCCUCCUUUGAUGCCACCACUUUAUCACAAACAACCUGGGAGACCAAGGAAGAAGAGGAUUAGGUCGGCAGGUGAACAACCAAGCAAAUCUAAUCAUACAACCACCAAGUUUCAAAGGUAUAACUUGGAAACCAAGUGUUCACUUUGUAGACAAGGAGGCCAUAAUAGGAGGAGCUGCCCUAAGGCAAAAGAAAGCAACAACAGUGAGGUCCCAUGUAAAAGAAAGGUGAAGAAAUCUGCCCAAGAUACGACAUCAACCAAAAGGGUUACAAGACAAUCAAGAGCCAAGCAACUUGUGAGAAGAAGGUUGGAAAUUAGUCAGUGUUCUCAAAGUCCUCAUGGUUCUGAAUCAGCCCAAGCUUCCCAAACUGCCCCAGCCCCAGCAUCUCAAACUGCCCCAGCCUCAGCAUCUCAAACUGCCCCACCUUCAGAAACUGCCCAAGUAUCUCAAAGUGGCCAAGCUUCAGAAACUCCAAAAAAAAAGAGGUUUAAGUCUCCUGCAAAAAGGAUGAAAUUUCCCAACAAGAAGGAUGGUUCUCAAACUCUGCAAGGCUCUCAAUCUGUGCAAGGAACUGAAUCUGUGCAAGCUUGUCCAGUUUCUCAAAUUGGCCAAAGUUCUCAACCUGCCCAAACUUCUCAAACUAUGCAAGGAUCUUAA